AGGCGUGGACAAUGUCCAUGUUCAUCAUUACCAGUGGAAAGUGCGCACACGCACAUCUUAUCAUUGUCUUAAAGCAGACAUUUCUCAGAUCUAUUUUAAUGUGUCAGCCGGAUUAACAUCCAGGUUCAAAUAGUUAUAUGCUUAGCUGGCUAGAAAUGCUAACGAACUCACUCGGCUUGCAUAGCUAGCCUGACGUUAGUUUCAGUAAACCUGAAGCAAAAUGGAGCCCUCUGAAGGUCCAGGAUCUUUAGACUCAUUUCAGCUUGCUAACGAAACCCUACGACGAGACUUGCUUUCUGCACAUACCAACAUGGAGGUCUCCUGUUCAGAUCUCCUGGGCGCAGAUCAGUUUGGUGCCAAACAGCCGGCUUCAGAGCCACCGUUACUAACGCAAUCUGAAAGGGAACGGCAGAAAACACAAGACAGUCUAAGCAUAUUGGGGGACCCAGACUCACUGGAACUUUCCAAAACUCAAGUAGAGGAGUUCUACAACAGAGUGUUUCCAGAAUCGUCUGAGCCAUCCUCGAUUUCCUGGCAAAACGAUGCAACCAGCCAGGACCACAUAGAAGCUAAGUCACCAAAAGGAACCGAGCAGGCUGAGACCAGGUGCAAAAUUGACACUCAUGAGGGUAAACGGAGCCCUGACCGAGAACUCAGAGGACCCAGCAUAGCAGGUUCUUCUGACCCGCAGCCUUGCACAGCAUCAUCUAUGAAAUGUGAUGAUGAUGAUGAUGAUGAUGAUGAUGAUGAUGUACAAUCACUUACUGAGGGAGGAACUCUUCAUUCAGAGAAUGAGCCCCAAAACCUACUAGAGGUCUCAGCCGAUCAGAAGAUAUCAGAGGAGGAAAACAAAGUUGACCUCCAAGAACUAGAAUCCAGUGCAAAUGCACUUCCCCUCAAUAGAGAUCCAGUGGAAGGCACUGGGCCGGAGGAGAAAGUGGAGAAAAAAAUUGGAUGUACACCAGCAGAGGGCAGUGUGGGCCUAGAGAUCAGUGAGAUCAAGCCAGGCGCAGUGACUGAAGUUAAGGAUUUCCCAGCCGCUUCUAGCCCCACUGAAAAUGCAACAGAGUUUGAAAAUGCAGAUGAAAAACUGGAGUGCCGGAGAGCCCAGCGUCUGAGGAGAGGGGACUUGAGGCGAACAUCACAGAACUCCUCAAACAAUGUCAAGCUGUCUGAUGACGACGACUCCGACGCCAUGGUGGAUGACCCCAAGGACGCGGACUUCGUCCCCCACGGGUCGGCCUUGCCUCGUCGCUCCCCCCGGGUGACCAUGCGGACCCAGAGGGCAGCCAGCAGCCCCUACCCGCUCCCUGAGUCCAGCGCCCACGGCGCAGGGCGAAACACGUCCCUCCCGGGCAUCGCUCACGCACAGGGCCAGAAGCCGGGGGCCUCUCUCAACUUACCGCGGAACGUGCUGCGACCGGCCACCAAGAUGCACUGCGCCCACUGCCGCACCCCGCUGCAGAAGGGCCAGACAGCCUACCAGCGGAAGGGCAUGCCUCAGCUCUUCUGCUCCUCCACCUGCCUCUCCACCUAUGCGAAGAGACCGCCUAGAAAAAAGCCUUGUGUCUUCUGUAAAAAGGAUAUUGGAAAUGUGAAAGAAACUGUGUUUGCCCAGACGGGACCAUCCGGCUCCUUCCAGGAAUUUUGUAAUAAUAUCUGUCUUUCCCUGUACGAAGCCCAGUUUGAGACGCGAUCCCCAUUGAUAACGGAUGCGUCAGCGCCGAAGUGCAGCAUCUGUCACAUAGUGGGAGAGAUGCUCCACGAGGUGAGCAGUGGGAACAUGGUGCAUCACUUGUGCAGUGACGCCUGCUUCAACCGUUUCCGUGCCACCAAGGGCUUGAAGACCAGCUGCUGUGACAGCUGUGGUCUCUACAUCUACGCCAAGGCUGCCCGUGCCGAGUACCUGGUCCAUGAUGGUCAGCAGAGGCGCUUCUGCAACACAACGUGUCUGGCUCAGUUUAAGAAGAAAAACACUAAAGUGCUCCCAUGCCAGUGGUGCAAGACUCUUUGCAAGAACUUUGACAUGCUGUCAAACCCUGACGGUAAUGGGAAAACGCAUCUCUUCUGCUCGGUGUGCUGCAUCACAUCUCACAAAGUCAAAACCACCUGGGACGCAGCUCCAGCCCGACCAUGCGGCUUCUGCAGACGUGCUCUACCUGAACCUGCAUACUACUACAAGGCCAACCAGGUCGUUUACCAAUUCUGUAGCCCAAGCUGCUGGACCAAAUUUCAGAACAACAGCCCUGACGGUGAUAUCCACUUAAAUUGCCACUCCUGUCAUACCAUGUUUAAUGGGAAACCAGAAAUUUUAGAUUGGCAGGACUCCAUCUUCCAGUUUUGCUGUAAGGAGUGCUGUGAGGACUACAAGCGGCUGCAUGGCGUGGUUAUCGUCUGCGAGCACUGCAAGCAGGAGAAGCUGCUACACGACAAGAUCAGGUUCUCCGGCGUGGAGAAGAACUUCUGCAGUGAAGGCUGCAUCUUGCUGUACAAGCAAGACUUCACCAAAAACCUGGGCCUGUGUUGCAUCAACUGCACAUACUGCUCGCAGACCUGUACGAGAGCUGUCACUGAGGAGCUGGAUGGAAACACGUGGGAUUUCUGCAGCGAAGACUGCAAAAGCAAAUACGUCCUCUGGUACCUAAAGGCUGCCCGAUGCCACGCCUGCAAAAGGCAGGGCAAGCUCCUGGAGACCAUACACUGGAGGGGGGAGAUUAAGCACUACUGCGACCAGCGCUGCCUUCUGCGCUUCUACAGCCAGCAGAACCAGCCCAACCUGGACACCCAGCAGGGGCCGGAGAGCCUGCUCAACAGUCAAUCCCCAGAGUCUCCCCCUACCACUGCAAAGAAAGUUGAGGUCACAGGAAAGGUGCCGCCAGUUCUCCCUUCGCCAUCACCGUCUCCUCCACUCCCGCCUUCUCCAAAUGAACCCCAGAACAAAGCCACUGUCUGCAAGCCCGCAACGGAGACCCGAUGUGUCACCUGUAAGCCUAAAACCAGGUCGCAGGGCUGCCAGACAGAUGAUUUUAUGAUACCCCAGUCCUUUGUGAUGCCUGUCCCGGUACCUGUCUUCAUCCCCGUGCCACUGCACCUGUACUGCCAAUACACGCCUGUACCCCUCACCCUGCCCCUGCCGGUUCCUGUCCCCAUGUUCCUGCCCACAACCCUGGAGAAUGCAGAUAAGAUUGUUGAGACCAUCGAGGAGCUGAAAGUGAAGAUUCCAUCCAACCCACUGGAAGCGGAUAUCCUUGCCAUGGCUGAGAUGAUCGCUGAAGCAGAAGAGAUGGGCAGAGCCUCUUCUGAUCUGUGUGAUUUGUCCAGUAACCAGAGUGCAGAGGGCUUGCUGGAAGACUGUGAUCUGUUCGGUCCUGCCCAAGAUGAUGUGCUGUCCAUGGCGGUCAAGAUGGCGAAUGUUUUGGAUCAGCCAGUUUCAGACCUGAAUGCUAGCCUCCCUAAAGCUCCUCUGGACCUGAACCCCAGUGUUGAGUUCCUAUUUGACUGUGGGAUGGUUACACCAGACAGCGAUCAUCCGGAACAUGAGCUCCCUGUAGCAGUGCAGAAGGGAUCAAAGCAGCUCAGGCUGUCUGAGAACUGUUCCAGGGACACGCUAGAGGCCCCGCCCAGAGGCACGGGGUUAAGCUCCACAUUCGGGGUCACUGCCUGGAAAACUUGGGCCCACAGCAAGCAGCCUGCUGCAGAGGAGAGAAAAACAAAACAAUGUAAAAUAAAAGAGGACCUUCUUUCUUGUACGGCUGCUGAGCUUAAUUACGGUUUGGCACAGUUUGUGAGAGAGUUUGCGAGCCCCGAUGGAGAACAGUACCAGGCGGAUGUUGUGUACUACAUGUGUCUUGGGAUUCAGCAGUACCUCCUGGAGAACAACCGAAUGGUGAACAUCUUCACAGAUCAGUCCUACCUGACCUUUGUGCAGGAGUUAAAUAAGAUACUGAACAGGUGGCAGCCCAGAAUGUCUCCAAAUGGUGACCCUUUGUCCCAGGUGGAAGAGGAGCAUUUGUGGGAGUGCAAGCAGUUGGGAGUGUACUCGCCCUUAGUCCUCCUCAACACCCUCAUGUUCUUCAACACCAAGUACUUCGGCCUGCGGACCGUGGAGCAGCACCUCCAGCUGUCCUUCAGCAACGUGGUGCGGCAGUGCAAAAGGAACUCCCAGUCGCAAGGCCAGUCUAAAGCGCUCAGCAUCUGCUACUUCCCCGGCCAACGGCAAAGAACAGCCAAAGAUAGUAGUCUGGGAAAGAGGAAGCGAGAGGAAGAAGUGGUGGAGCUGGAACAGCAGGAGAACAGGAUGAACCCCCUCAGAUGCCCUGUCAAAUUCUUUGAGUUCUACCUUUCCAAGUGCUCCGGAGGCACGCGGAACCGCAGCGACAUGUUCUACCUGCAGCCGGAGCGCUCGUGCGUGGCCGAAAGCCCGCUCUGGUACUCGGCCGUCUCCAUGGACCGCGGCACGCUGGGCACCAUGCUCAACCGCAUUCUGGCCGUCCAAGAGAUCUACAGAGACCACGACGCGCAGGGGAACCUCGGCUGACGGCCUGCCCUGCUCCUUUUCCCCGAACUUCACCCGCCUCCCCUCACCCCCCAUCCGACCAACCCCUCGCCUAUCACUUUCACACCGUCCCGUAGGAGACUCUGAGCAUGAAGCCGCUCGCAUCAAAACACGCCGGGCAUGUCGGGAUGCUCCCGAGCUGGUGGGACAAGCCGACCGCAGUUCCGCACGCCAGAACGACGUUCGACCCCCGUUUAAGAAACGAUGACUUGCGGCUGGCUGGCUGCAGGAGAAGAACUGUGGCGUCGUCUGACUGUUGGCCACAGAAGCGGGUUUAUUUUGCACAUUGUAUUCAUUACUCAAGGUUGUUUCUUCCCCCCCCACACACACACACACACUGUCAGAGUGAAAUCCGCUUUAGCUGAUAUUGUGAUUCCGAGGAGAAGAGGCCUUGUUACUGAAAUAAAGUUUGAGUGCUGUUCAACCCUGGUUUACGGUAUUGAUGCGUAUUUAUCUUUCAGUUGUUCUCUCAACAAGUAAAAAGCAUUUUGGACUCCCAUGCUCAAUUAAUCCUACCAUGAAGUGCUUACUUGGAAAUUUGGACCAAUUUCAAUCGACAAUAAAUAAUGAGAACUAAAAGUAUUGAAUGAAUAAUUGAGUGGCUGAAAUAUUAACCAAAAAAUUAUAAAAAGUAAUAAAAGUAUUUUGCGUAUUCCUAACUGUAAGCAGUGGAAUAAACAGUAAAGACUAUCUUGCAUGUUUUCUUAUAAGUGAUGUAAUUUGGGUUAAUGUUUUUUUUUUUUUUUUUUUUUUAUCAUGAAGUUGUCUGCAUUUUCAAUCAUUUUGUUCAACCAUAAUAUAUUUUAAUACUGUUCCUAUAUAGUAACCUUGUAUAUAUAUUGAGCUGUUUGAAGUGUUACACUUUUGGUUUUGAGUAUAUGUACAGGGGGCUGUGAGUCAGCAGAUGAAUUGUGAAAUUACUUUUCUGUUUUCAUUAAACCAAAACUGCAGUAAGGUGUCCAGAACCACUUUUUUAAACUUCAAACAUUACAGGAACGGGUUACAAUUGAUACUGCCUUAAUUUCCUGACAUAAUUGCAUAAAGCAGAAUUAGAUUUUGUUUUAUUUUCAUUUUACUGAACUUGGUUGGUUUCAUUUUACUGAACUUGUCUUUGCGAUAGCUGAGAAGGGAAUUGACUGUACUGUGAGUUUGUAUUGUAACCUGAGGAAACAAACAAUGAACAUGACAUGAAGGAAAAUAUUGCCGUAACUGUUCCUAGUUUGCAUAUAAAAUUUAUUUAUAUUACACUUACUGCCCAGCUUGGUUACAUUUACUAUAGCCAUGCUGAUGCCUUGCAUUAAAAGUUAAAUGCUGUCCAGUUGCUUUUAUGUGUCCUGAGAGGGUACUGUAGAUAUCCUACUUAACCCAGUGCUUUGUCAGCCAUGUUCUAUAAUGGAGAUACCAUGAAUAUAUAUGGUUGUCUGAUUCUCUGGCACAUGUUGAUAUUGUGUCAGCCUGUUCCAGCAGCACGCAUAGACUCUAGACCCUGUCACAUGUCAUGAGAUGUGAGCAUUCUCAAACACUGAACCAGAUGUUAUAAUAAAGUUCUCUACAGUUG